UGUAAAGUGAGGUGGGUCACAUCCACCCCACUGUGAGAUAAAGGGAUCAAAGUUGCUAAGAUGUGCCCACAUCGAGGAGUCUUUCUGCCACAGGACACUUGGCGUGGUCCAGGAAACCGAACCUGAAUCAGGGUGAUGGUAGAGAUGAAGGGUUCCUGCGUGAGUCAGAGACAGCUGGUGGCCAAGCACAAGAAGAUAGGUCUUGGGACCUGGAGCAUAGCUGAGCCUUGUUCCUGCUGGGCCGUCUGAUUCACAGUUCCCAUAUUCCCCAACAUUUUUCCUGGAGGGCCAUGGCCCAGAAGCUGUGGACAACUCGGCUGCUACGGCAUCGGAAAACCCAACUCCUCCUGGUCAAUCUGCUGACCUUUGGCCUAGAAGUCUGUCUGGCUGCAGGGAUCACCUACGUGCCUCCCUUGUUGCUGGAAGUUGGGGUGGAAGAGAAGUUUAUGACAAUGGUCCUGGGCAUUGGCCCUGUCCUGGGCCUGGUAUCUGUCCCCUUCCUGGGCUCAGCCAGCGACCACUGGCGUGGGCGCUACGGACGCCGCCGCCCCUUCAUCUGGGCCCUGUCCCUGGGUGUGCUGUUGAGUCUUUUUCUCAUUCCUCGGGCAAGUCGCCUGGCUGGGCUAGUGUACCCAGAUGCUCGGCCUCUGGAGCUGGCGCUGCUGAUCCUGGGUGUGGGGCUGCUGGACUUUUGUGGUCAGGUGUGCUUCACCCCCCUGGAGGCCCUGCUCUCUGACCUUUUCCGGGACCCAGACCAUUGCCGCCAGGCCUUCUCCGUGUACGCCUUCAUGAUCAGCCUGGGAGGUUGCCUGGGAUACCUGUUGCCGGCCAUUGACUGGGAUGCCAGUGUCCUGGCCCCUUACCUAGGCACCCAGGAGGAGUGUCUGUUUGGCCUGCUCACCCUCAUCUUCCUCACCUGCGUGGCGGCCACGCUGCUGGUGGCUGAGGAGGCAGCCCUGGGCUCAUCGGACCCCCCCGAGGGGCUCCCGGUACUCACUGCACCUUCUCGUUGCUGCCCAUGCCGGGCCCGCCUGGCAUUCCGAAACCUGGCUGCCCUGCUGCCCCACCUCCACAGGCUCUGUUGUCGAGUGCCGCGGGCUUUGCGCCGGCUCUUUGUGGCCGAGCUGUGCAGCUGGAUGGCACUCAUGACGUUCACUCUCUUCUACACUGAUUUUGUAGGAGAAGGACUGUAUCGAGGUGUGCCUAGGGCUGAGCCAGGCACUGAUGCCCGGCGACACUAUGAUGAAGGUGUGCGUAUGGGGAGCCUGGGGCUCUUCCUGCAGUGUAUGAUCUCCUUACUCUUUUCGCUGGGUAUGGACCGACUUGUGCAUCGCUUUGGGACCCGGGCAGUGUACCUGGCCAGCGUGUUCGCCUUCCCAGUGGCUGCUGGUGUGACGUGCCUGUCCCGGAGUGUGGCUGUGGUGACUGCUUCAGCUGCCCUAACAGGCUUCACUUUCUCUGCGCUGCAGAUACUGCCUUAUACCUUGGCCUCACUCUACCACCGUGAGAAGCAGGUAUUCCUACCCAAAUACAGAGGGGACACUGGCAGCAACAGCAGUGGUGACAGCCUGACCACCAGCUUCUUGGCAGGCCCCAAAGCUGGGGGACCCUUUCCUAAUGGACAUUCAGGGGCUACCAGUACGAGCCUCUUUCCUUCUUCACCCCCACUGUGUGGGGCCUCCCCUUGUGAUGUGUCAGUGAGGAUGGUAGUUGGGGAGGCAGCUGAGCCUGGGAACCCAGGCCGGGGCAUCUGCUUGGACUUGGCCAUCCUGGAUAGUGCCUUCCUCCUCUCUCAGGUGGCGCCAUCUUUGUUCAUGGGCUCCAUCGUCCAGCUGAGCCAGUCGGUCACAGCCUACAUGGUGUCAGCAGCAGGCCUUGGGGUGAUAGCCAUCUAUUUUGCCACUCGGGUGGUAUUUGACAAAAGUGACUUGGCCAAGUGUUCCAUCUAGGUGUCUCCUGACCCUGGGAGAAGGGCCAGAACCUUCUCCCCUUCUUUGACAUCUUUCUCCCUCCCUCCAUUUCUGCAUCUGUCCUCCCCAUUCCCACCUGGUCCAAGACUUGGGUUGGGAACUUCUGAGAAUCACAGCUCCGCCCACCUAGGAUUUCUCCCUCCCCUCCCCACUUGGAGUCUGUAGGUCUCAAAAUCCGUUCCUGUCCCUGCCAACGUGGGGUGGGGCAGCUCUUUGCUGCCUCCCAGUGGUUGUGAAGUGCUUAGCAGAAGACAUGAUUGAUGAGCAGGAGCCUGGUGCCUCUUCCUCUCUCGAAGUAAAGGAACUGGAGAGCCCCAGGAUAGCCGUGGCUGGUUUCCUGGCUGACCUAAUAAGCCUUAAGUUCUGGCUUCUAGUUGGGGCUGAGUACGUGGUGGGAGAACGUACUUACUGGGAGACUUCAUGUUAACUCUCUGGGAAAUGCAUGAGUCUACGGGACCUUAGGGAUAAGAGCUAAGGGCCAGAGUCAGGACAGAUGAGAAAAAGGGAUAAUUUGCAGGGUGAACAAACCAAAGAGGCCAGCCUCUCCUCUUCCCACCCCAACACCUCCUCACAAAGCUGUCUAAUGCUCCUCUUCUCUGCCCUUGGGGGUUUCUCCUCCUGAGGCUGUUUCAGCCUGAAACUCGCCCCUGCCCCCAAACCCAGGAUUGGAAAAUGUGAAAAAAAAUCCUUUUUUUUCCCUGAGACUUUUGCCCAGACCCUACUGCUGUCCUUUCUGCUGCUUUCUCCACCAUCCCCUUCCACCCUGAGUUUGAUCAAUACCUGGAAACGUUUCCUCAUUCCACUGGGAAGGUCUUGGGUUUCUGUAUUUAACACCAGCACUGUACACAGGUCUAUAAACAUUUAACUUAUUUAUUUACCAGAAUAGGAGGCUGUUGCUAGCUUGCUACCCAGUGGGCUUGCUAUAUUAGAUCUUUCAGGGCCUGGUUUCCUGUUGGUUGAGCCAAGCCCGGCAUUGCCAGGUUCCGGAUGCCUAUUACUUAGCCGGUUGCCAGAGGCUCUUGUCUCACGUGAUGUCUCCCAUAGUGCCUUUGCUUACCUGCCCCUUUCAGCUUUCCUCACUUCAGCACCCACCUCUGCUCCUCUCCCUGGCUGUGGCUGGAUGCAGCCCACUACAUCCCUUCUCACCAGCUCCACUGCCUUGGUUCCAUCUCUAAGGCAUGAGCUUGAGGUCUAUUUCCCUUGGUACUGGGACUUCAUCUCCCCCCCACCCCAUAUUGUGUUGUCCCGAGGCCUCUUGCCUAUCUCAGCCCCCGAAGGCAUGCACUGUGCUAUGGGGACACAGGAUCUCAGGAGCCACCCCUACCUGGGCCAGGAGGUCUUACCUCGGGGGUGUAAAUGCUGUUUGCAAUAAUGUUUUAUGUCUUAUUUAUUUAGCUAAGUGAAUAUUUUGUACAGUGUGCAAGCAAUCAGAGUAUAAAGUUUAUUAAGGUGAAAUAAAGAAGCUUCUCAUAUAUUUAA